AUGCAGCAAAAUGCGGCCGAUGAAGCCGCGAAGCAGCGCAUCAUCUCUCACAUGAACAAAGACCAUCACGAUUCUAUUGUCCGAUAUCUAGAAUACUAUGCCAAGCUCCCCUCGUGGACAGCAUACGACGGGGCCGUGGCGGAUAUCAGCCUGGACAGCAUGACCAUGACCUGUGGGAGUCGAACCCAUCGAAUCCCCUUCGAUCCCCCAAUGGCCUCAUACCGUGAUGCUCGCGAAAGAGUCGUCCAAAUGGACAAGGAGUGUCUCGAGGCGCUGGGAAGAUCCGACAUAACUGUCAAAGACUUUGUGCCUCCGACAGGACUUUACGCGCUGGUGUUCGCCAUCAUCGCCACGACCUUUGUCUGCUAUAGCCAACGCAGAUGGUUUGAGCGGAACGGGCUCGUGGAACACUUGUUAGGCCAAAAGUUUGCGGCGUUCAGCUGGAGGAUACAGCCCACGGUGUUGUACGGCAUGAUUGCCAUCCACGGCGCAGAGUUGGCGUAUUUCAUCCCCAACUACCUGCAAAGGCAUUCGGUGAAUGUGCGUUCGCCGCUGUUCUGGAAAUGGGCCUUCUUCGUUUUUGUCGAAGGGCAAUUUGCGUACAAGCGCUUCAACGAUCUCGUACAGCGGAAGAUUGAGGAGAAGCAGAGACAGAAGCAUUAG